AUGCCGUCGCCGGCGAUUGUGCUCCUCGUCCUCUUCCUCCUAGCCGCCGUCACUUUGCUCCUCUACUACUUCCUCCGCCGCCGCCUCCGAUCACUUCUUCUCCGCCGUUCCGCCACCGCAUCGCCGCUCCAGAGCUCACAAUCUCGCCGCCGGCAAGUCUCUCCCGCGCCGUCCUCCGCCUCCGCCGGCCUCCUCCUCCCGCUGUUCAAAUUCUCGGACGUGAAACGCCCCGGCUCCGUCACAUUCGCCGGAGACUGCGCGAUUUGCCUGGCGGAGUUCGAGCCGGACCACCACCUCCGCCUCCUCCCGCUCUGCCUCCACGCCUUCCACGUGGACUGCAUCGACACCUGGCUCGCCGGCGACUCGCAAAUCUGUCCGGUUUGCCGCGCCGGCAUUUUCCGGACCGAUUCGGACCUCCUCCGGACAGCCGUCUCCGGCGGAAGCUUCCGCCUGGCGAUCGGCAACGUCAGCCGCGGACGGCGACCGGACACGGCGGCGAAUUCGAGCUCGAGAAUCAACUCAAUCGGCGGAGGUGAGUUCGACUAUGUCGUGGAUGAGGAAUGGGAGCUUCAACUGAGAGAUGCGGUGUUGCCGCCGGUUCACGACCAAGGCGGAGAGGACGAGAUCGCCGCCGUCGUUAUCGACCGCGAACCUCCGCUUUCUGCGGCGCCAAUUUCGGAGUACCAGAGCAUGAUUUUCACUGGGAGCAGCCGGCGUUGGACGGAGUUAUCGGAGGGAAUUGAGAUGCUUUCCCGGUGGCUCUCCUGA